AUGUCUUCCACACAUUCUAUCCCUCUCCGUCAACUGGGAAAACAUGGCCCCCGAGUUCCAGCGAUUGGCUUCGGACUCAUGGGUUUAGCUGGCGCAUACGGGCAAGCUGCCUCCGAGGAUGAGGGUUUCCAGAUCCUAGAUCGUGCAUUCGAGCUUGGAGAGACAUUCUGGGACACUGCAGAUAUCUAUCGCGGUAAUGAGCAGUUGAUUGGCAAAUGGUUCAAGCAAACAGGGAAACGUGACGAGAUCUUCCUAGCAAGCAAGGGAGCUAUCAUGAUGGAUGGCUCGCAGUUUAAGGGCGUCGAUAGCUCGGGAGAGUAUCUCAAGCAUGCUUGUGAGAAGAGUCUUGCUAGACUGGGUGUUGAGUACAUUGAUCUUUACUAUGCCCAUCGCCUCAAUCCGAAUACUCCUGUGGAAGAGUCUAUGCGUGCUCUAGCAGAGCUGAAAACUGAAGGUAAAAUCAAACACAUCGGCCUCUGCGGACUAUCUUCCACUGCGCUCCGACGCGCUGUCAAAAUCGCUCCUGUGGCAGCCGUGCAAAUUGAGUACUCGCCUUUUGUGCGCGAAGUAGAAACAGGAGUAUCAGGAGAUCUCGCAGCUACGUGCCGUGAACUCGGUGUCGCCCUCGUUUGCUACAGUCCGCUCGGACGAGGCCUCUUGACAGGCUCCGUCAGCAAUCGCUCUGACGUAACUCAAGGUACCGAUAUGCGCGCCAAGAACUUUCCCUGGUUUAGUGAGGAGAAUCUGGAUGCAAAUGCGAAGCUUGUUGCGCGCUUCAAAGAGCUGGCGGACAAGAACGGGUGUUCGUCUAGCCAGUUGGCCUUGGCGUGGCUGCUGGCUCAGGGAGACAACGUGUUUCCGAUCCCUGGCACGAGGAAGAUCAAGUAUUUGGAGGACAAUGUGAAGGCUUUGGACGUGACAUUGACUGAUGAGAAGGUCGUCGAAGUGAGGGAGUUUCUGGAACACAACGAGUUGCAGGGAUAUCAUUCGGUUGAACAGGCAAAGCACUUCGCAUAUGUUGAUACGAAGGCGGAUGCUUGA